AUGCUCAGACCCCGGGAACGCGUUGAUGCGCACAAUGUGGUCCCCGUGUGGUACGCAUCUGAUAAACUGGAGUACGCCGCUCGAACUAUUCGGCGUAAGCUACACGAUCGAUGGAACGAGCUGAUGACCGAGUUCCCCCCUGUAGUCACACAUCCUUUCGUGCCGAUUAAUGGUCCUGUAAAACGUCCAGUAAGUUAUUUUGUUGUUAUUGAUGACACUGUUCCCGUAUGUGCUGUUGCUCUUUAG